CCGGCCGGGGGGUGUCCUGGGGGGCGCACAGUGCGGCCCCGCCCGCCCGCCCCGGUGUGCCUGUCUCGCUAACGUGUGCUCCUGUCUCUCUCCUCCCGUCCCCGUCCCUGUCCCGUCGCCCCCGGCCCCGCCCCGCGGCCCGCCCCCAGUCCAAGGAGCUGCAGAUCAAGAAGCAGUUCCAGGACACGUGUAAGAUCCAGACGCGGCAGUACAAGGCCCUGCGCAACCACCUGCUGGAGACCACGGCCAAGAGCGAGCACAAGGGCAUCCUCAAGCGCCUCAAGGACGAGCAGACGCGCAAGCUGGCCAUCCUGGCGGAGCAGUACGACCACAGCAUCAACGAGAUGCUCUCCACGCAGGCCCUGCGGCUGGACGAGACGCAGGAGGCCGAGUACCAGGUGCUGCGGAUGCAGCUGCAGCAGGAGCUGGAACUGCUCAACGCCUACCAGAGCAAGAUCAAGAUCCACACGGAGGCGCAGCACGAGCGGGAGAUCAAGGAGCUGGAGCAGCGCGUGUCCAUCCGCCGGGCCCUGUUGGAGCAGAGGAUCGAGGAGGAGAUGCUAGCGCUGCAGAACGAGCGCUCGGAGCGGAUCCGCAGCCUGCUGGAGCGGCAGGCCCGGGAGAUCGAGGCCUUCGACUCGGAGAGCAUGCGGCUCGGCUUCAGCAACAUGGCGCUGACGGGCAUCCCCGCCGAAGCCUUCAGCCAGGGCUACGCCGCGCCCCCCCAGCCCUGGCCCUCCCGCCCUGUGCCUCGCAGCGGCUCCCACUGGAGCCACGGUGUGCAGAACACCGCUGGCACCCCCCACGCCUGGCGCCAGCCGCCCCUGCUGGCCCCGCCCCCCUCCGCCUGGCUCCACCCGCCCUCCUCCGCUGCCUCCUCACCCGCCUCCGCCCCGGGGGGCCGGGCCAACGUGGUCAUGCUGCGGAACAGCCCCCAGCCGCUGCGGCGCACGGCCUCCGGCGGCCAGGCCGAGCCGGGCAUCAGCCGCUCGGCCAGCGUCACCUCGCACAUCCUUAACGGCUCGCACUACUCCUACUCCUGAGCCGGCCCCCUGCUCGGC